GGCAGGAGGCUGGGACUGCGCGGGGACCCCGAGGGCAGCGCGGCGGGGCGGGGGGGGGCCGGGGGGCCAUGGCUGCGCUGCUCAGCACAUUCCCCUGGCCGGAGCGGCUGGAGGGGGACGCGGGCGAGGGGCUGUCCCCAGGGCCACCCCCCCGAGCGUCGCAGGGCGAGAAGGGCUCCGAGAGCCGCAUCCGCCGGCCCAUGAACGCGUUCAUGGUGUGGGCGAAGGACGAGAGGAAGCGGCUGGCGGUGCAGAACCCCGACCUGCACAACGCGGAGCUCAGCAAGAUGCUCGGGAAGUCCUGGAAGGCGCUGAGCCUGUCGCAGAAGCGUCCCUACGUGGAGGAGGCCGAGCGGCUGCGGGUGAAGCACAUGCAAGAUUAUCCCAACUACAAGUACCGGCCCCGUCGGAAGAAGCAGGUCAAGCGCAUCGGGAAGCGGGUGGAUCCCGGCUUUCUGCUGGGCAGCCUGACACGGGACCAGAACUCUGUGCCGGAAAAGCGGACCUGCAGCCGGGCCGGGGGGGACAAAGAGGGCCCGGGUGAGUACCCGCCCCGCCCGGGGCUGCCGGCAGUGCGGGCGUACCGGGAGGCUCCAGGCAGCGGCAGCAGCGCCAGCGUGGACACCUACCCCUACGGGCUGCCCACCCCGCCGGAGAUGUCCCCUCUGGAUGCCAUAGACCCCGAGCAGAGCUUCUUCUCCUCGCCCUGCCCCGAGGAGCAUCACCGCUCCCACCUCGCCGGUGCCACCUUCUCGCCGGAGUACGCGGGCGGCUCCCUGCCGUGCGGCCACCACCCCCUCAGCCCCAUGCCGCAGCCGGCCACCUGCAUGAUCCCCCCGGCCUCCAGCUGCCCUUCCCUUCCUCCUCCUCCUCCUCCUCCUCCCAACUACUACACACCCGCCUUCCCCUCCCUGCCCCCUCCCAGCCUCCAUGCCCACCUGGGCCAGCUCUCCCCACCGCCUGACCACCAAGGCUUCGACACCUUGGACCAGCUGAGCCAAGCGGAGCUGCUGGGGGAGAUGGACCGCAAUGAGUUUGACCAGUAUCUCAACAACCCCAGCCACGGUGACCACCACGGCGGGGCCUUGGCCAGCGGGCACGUCCCGGUGUCCGGCAGCUCCCACAGCUCCGAGAACAGCCUCAUCUCCGUCCUGGCCGAUGCCACGGCCACCUACUACAAUAACUACAGCGUCUCUUAGGAGCCCAGCCGGGGCCGCCUGGACCGGCCAAGGAAGGACCCGACACUGUUCCGAGGCGUUGCUCCCUGGGGACAUCGCCUGCGGCCCCUCAGGGUGACCGAGCCCGAACCACAGGGCCCUGGAGUCUCCUCGGUGCUGUAGGUAAAGGAUUUGGGUUGUUGGGUCACCACCGUGCAAAGCCUGGAGUGCUCUGCUCCGACCGUGGCCAGGGAGCACUUCCCAACGCCAAAGCCCUUUGGCCAAGUCCCUCUUCCAAAGCAGGGAUGCUCCUGGGAGCACAGGAAGGCUGCCCCUCAUUUUGGGGCAUCCCCAGCUCUGCUUUGGAGUCAGGAGUGCGGCAGCGCCCUGCAAACGUCAGGUCUGAAUUCCCCCUGGAAGGGGGAAAGGCAGGGAUGGGAGAAGGGAAGAUUUUGGUGAAGGUCCAUGAGCUGGUUUUGGGUUCUGGUGGCGGCGUUGCUGCCUGACCACCCUGACCUGCCUGACCACUCCAAUGGGGAUUAAAGCCCCCGUCCCCUGCCCCAGAGCAUGGACUGGGGGCUUCAUCCCUUGGGAAACCCCAGAGGGGAUGGGAUACCAGCCAGGAGAGGGGUAGCCAGCCCUGGGAGUGCUGAGCCUGUUCUGGAGUGGGGCAAGAUCAGGGCUUGGAAAGGCAGGAUCUGGCCAGCAUUCACCCCUGGGAGCAGGUCCUGGGAUGAACAUUUUGGCCAAGAGGUGAUGAUGUAGCAGACACUUUUUUUGUCAAACAUCCUUUGAAGGGGAAGGCUCCAUGUUUGGAGCCACAGUGCCCAAUGCCUCUCCUAACUCUGGCGUUUUAUUGCUUGUAAUAAAGCUGUACAUUGAUUUAUUCCUUCCAUUAUUCCUCCUGCCCCCCACCUCGGAUUUUGUAUUGCUCGAGUUCUCUUCCUUUCCAUAAAAAUGAAGCUUUUUUUUUAAAUCAGUUAUAUGACAUGAUUAAUCUUAGUGUUUACUGUAUGGCACUUGGUAAUGAUUAGUUAGUAAUGUGGUUAUGAUUUCCUGGUUUCAGUCCCCAGAAUGUAUUAAUAAUAAUUGCAGAGAAAACUUUAAAAAAAAACCCAAAAGUUCGCCGGUUUUUAAGCUAACACAUUCCAUCUCUUUUGUGUGACUCUAUGCAUUUUGAAUGAGUGUAGAUACGAGUUUGCAUAAAAUAUUUAAUUUAAAUAAAUAUGUUUUUAUAUGAUGAUCGUUCGAUGAUUUAAAUUGCUGUCGCUAUUGACAACAGUUUUCAAAACAGAAACAUUUCCCGUGCAAGUGCUAUUUUUUUAUAUUUUUGUUGUCAUCGUUGUUGUUGGUAUUUUCAGCCAAAUUUUUCUACUACCAUUUUUUAUAAAUAAAACAAAGAUCUGUGGUUAUCUUUACAAAUUGUGGAUUGCUUU